AUGUCUACGGAACAUACUAUAGAUCGUCGGGCCAUCGACGAGUCGUGGGUGAUGGCCACGACGCCUUCUCUGGAAAAGAAAGACACAACCUCUAAGACUCCAAGGACUUCAAAGUCACCAAAGUCUCCCAAGAACACCAAGGGCACGAAGACAGCCGACCCUCUGACCUCCUCAUGGGUAUCGGGCCCGGAGCUUAUCAUGCCCUCGAUCUGCGAAGCGCGCAACAUCGAUGAAUCAUGGGUGGAAUAUGUGCGCACACCAACACAACCAGGGUCUGAAGGCACGAAAAAACGGCGCAAAGUCUCUUCGCCCGGUAAGGCUCGCGAACAGAACCCGCCCAAGGGCAAUGCAGACGCUGGCUCGUCUGCGCCAGCGCCCAAGCAACCAUCCGAAGCUAUCUUAGGCAUCAACACGACUCUCGCCCGCGCCGCAAUUAACACGGUCCUGAUCGCCCUCAUCCUGCACCUGCUCAUCCUCCCAGAGCUCGUCCACCAAGCCAAAGACCUCUGCCGAAUCCCCAGCAUUGAAACCCUCUACGCCAGCAGCUGCACAACCCCCCACCCACACCAUCAACAACAACAACAACAAUCAACCCCCCUGACAACCACCCAAACAAACCUCCAAUCAAUCCUCAACACAACCCUCACAACCCUAACGCCCCUCAACCAAACCCUCAAAGAAACCGAAACCCAUCUCUCAACCCUCUCAACGCACCUAAAAACAACCCUCCCAACCGCGCACCACGCCCUAGACCUCGAAUUCACUGGCAUAUCCCAAUCCCUCCAGACCGCCAUCCGAGAAUACGACUCCCUCCUCCCAGACCUGCGCUCCGCCCUCGAAAGCCUCCUCUCAACAGCAACCCCACAAGCAGGCCUCCAAGCACGGCGCCGAGCAGAGUACUUGGCGCGUCUACGCGCGCAGAUUGGCGCAAAGGCCGAGUCCCUGACUGCGCGCUUUAGCACGCUAGACGACCAUCUCGAGGCUGUGGGGAUUGUGGCGCGGGAGCAUGCGCGCGAUGCGGCGCGGCUGGGCGCGUCGCCGUUUGCGUUUUUUCGUCGGUCGGUUGGGGAUGAGCAGCAGGGUCGCGACAAUGAUGAGACUUUUAGGCUGCUCCGCGCUGCCGGCCAUCAUCGCGCUGUUGCGGACUCGGUGUUGUGGCUGGCGCGCCAGUUGGGGUCCACUUGA